AUGGAGGUUCUGACGCUCAACGACUGCUUUCUGAAGUCAGAUGGCGACAAGAAGGCAACUGUCAAGAUAUCGAGGGAUGGGAUAGCCAUCAAGGCAGGGGAUGGAGAGGUGUACACUGUGGAGCGGAAUGAGGUUAAGGAUGCAGAGCUGUUCUACGGCGUAAGGAAGAUGGCCAUACGGGUGUUUGGGAAUGCUGUGUACGAGAUCAACAAUGUGGAUCAGAACUACAUCGACGAGCUGAAGAGGAUAUUUUCGGAGUACUUUAGGAUUACGCUGUAUGUCAAGGAGCUUGAGAUAGCCGAUGUUCUCUGUGGGGAGCUUGGAAUCAACGGACAGAAGGCGCUAGAGUUCAGAAACACAAAGACCAUAUUUGAGAUUCCUGUCGAUGACAUUGAAAGUGUUGUUGACAUAAGGAACGAGCUCUCCGUGUCUUUGAGAGAUAUGGAGAUAAGGUUUGUGUCAGACAGGAAGACCAUAGAGGAGAUCAAGGGCGGAUGCAGCUCCUCUGUCGACGACGAGAUACUUAAGAUGGAGGGCCUGUCGCUGGCCUAUCCAAGAGGGAAGUUCAACUUUAUCUUCUUCCGGGACUACCUAAGGCUGGUUGGCAGCAGCUACGACCACAAGAUAUACUAUAAGAGCAUCAAGAUGCUCUAUGUACUUGAGAAAGGGUAUAUCCGCGACGGGGAGAGAUAUGUUGUGAUUGGAGCUGAUCCUCCGAUCAGGCAGGGACAGACAAGGUACGACCAUGUUGUUGUGGCAUUCGAUGAUGUGGAGAGAGAGCUGAGUGUUAGCGACGAGAGGCUGAAGGGGGAAUACUCUGGGCUGCUUUCCGAGAUCUUCGCUGAGGUGAUGGAGGCUUUGUGUGUUAUCAAGGCGGUAAGAAGCAGCUUUGAGUCAAGAGAUGGAAUGAGAUGUCUGAGAUGCGCGAUGAAGGCGUAUGAGGGGCAGCUGUAUCCACUGGACGACUGCAUGCUGUUUCUGCCCAAGGCCGUUAGGCUGGACCUGGGCGAGAUUUCGCUCGUGGAGUUCAGCAGAAUCAACCUCAGCAGCAUGCAGGCAAAGACAUUUGACAUGACCCUGUUCUGCGAGGGGCCGUACACGUUCAACGGCCUUUCGAAGGACGAGUUUGGGGCGCUGGAGCAGUACUUCCACGGAAAGGGGAUCAAGGCAAGAAGCGAGGUUAUCGACGACGGAGCAAUCUCCGACUCUGAAGAGGACGAGUAUGAGUCAGAAAACGACAGCAUGGUUGUGGAUUCUGAUGAGUAUGAUUUACAGUAA